AUUUGUAAAUGGGGGGAGAGGAGGGCGCGUCUCGGAUCGUUCUGCCAGGCGAUGUGGUGUUUGAUCUCGCAGCUCAGGCGCAAAACAAGGUGCUGCGAUUGGGAAGCGGCCUUUCUCAGGAUGCUGAUCGCGUUGUAGCUAUCAAGGCCGGGAGAUUGAAUCACGCAAAAUCCAAACUUUGGGUGGAGGGAUCACAGAAGCGAUACAUUCCCAGUGCCGAGGAUUCUGUGAUUGGAAUUGUUAUCGAUCGUCGCGCCGAGGAGUUUUUGGUGGAUUUGAAUGCUCCAGUUCUUGGGCUUCUUCCUAUACUCUCUUUCGAGGGUGCUACGCGGAAGAACAUUCCAAACCUCAAGGAAGGGGCUGUGGUCUAUGGAAGAGUGGUGAAAGCCCAUCGCGAUAUCAGUCCCGCGCUCUCGUGUUUGGAUGCUUCUGGAAAAGGCUCUGGUUACGGCCCACUGAAAGAAGGAUACCUGUUUGAGUGCUCGACCGGACUCGCAAGAUCGCUCUUGGGUACGCCGACUUAUCCGGUGCUCGAAGCUCUUGGCAAAAGCCUGGCUUUUGAGAUCGCCGUUGGUGUAAAUGGUCGCGUUUGGGUGAAAUCCGAUGCUCCAGCCACCACCGUGCUCGUCUCCAAUGCGAUCAUCAACUCCGAGUGCUUGAGCGCAGCGCAGCAACACAUACUUGUUCAGAAGCUUUUGCAAGCAGCGAAGUGAUCUCUAAACUCCUGGGCUUAAUUUUUUUUUUGUCUAAUCGAUUCCAGGAGAUUUCUAUCGUAGUA